AUGGCCGUAUCGCGCAUCACGACGCCCUUCGAGAAGGUGGCUGAAGACCUCAACCACCUGACUGCAGUAUACAUCAAAGUCGCCGACAUCAAGACUAUCCUGGCAAUGUGGCCAAGCGAGGCCGAGCAGCUCGUGCUGGAUCAGUUGAUAGCAGACAAAGCGACGCUGGUCCUUAGUGAGCUGUUCUUCCUGGCUGCCCGUGCUGUACCGAUGGUGAAGGAGAAGCUCAAAUGCCUCCAGUUCAAGCUGGAGUUUCCGUCGCGGGUGUGCGAACUGCAGUACGUGCUGUACUUACUUCUUACGAACAUGUUCAAGCUGCAGAGGGAUUGA